UCUGUCAGGGCGACAGACAGCUUUGAUAAGGCGUACGAGUCGAGCAGAAUAAACAAGCAUUAAUUUUAAAUUUUUGGAAGCGUACAUACAACAAAAUUUCAUCUGGUUAUACUCUUUCCCCUCCCUUCCCCACCGCAAAAUCUAUAACUCUAAGGCUUCCUAAUCAAUUCUUUUAUCCCACCGACACACAAUCAAUAAUCACAAAUAUGAUGAAACUCCAUGAUCUCUAUGGACAAUCGUUUGCACACGAGUUUCAGUUUACCAACCCGGACUCGAUCAAGAAUGCCGUCAAGCGGUACAACCUGCAGCGCGCCGCGGAGCGAGACGAGAACCGAAAGGAGAAGGAGAUGCACAAGCUGAGCAAGCCGCGCUUCUGCAAGAUGCGCAACACGGGUCGCGACGUGCUCGGUAUGGUUACAUCGCGGGACCUGGACGUGGAAACGCAGAUGUCGCUGCGGGCCAAACAGCAGCUGCUGGAUCUGCAGCAAAGCAGCGGCGGGAACAGUCGCAGCAGCAGCUGCCGCAGCAGGAACCAAAGUCAAAGCAGCUGCAGCAAUGACGACCAGGAGAACGAUGUACAGCAUGGCGUGCAUCGUUUGGUCGGCGGCGCCGAUACGAUCGCUCCCCGUGCUGCGAACCGGAGCAAAAAGUUGCGCAACCGUAAGGUGAAACGUGGCGCUGCCAAGCAGAAGCUAUCGGAUGCGGAUCACUAUACAGCGCGGAUCGAGGGACUGCAUCGGGAGGUGUGCGCUGAACUGAAAUCUAUGGGACAGACGCAGUCGGAGCUGCGGGUCGCGUCGCCCAGGCGCAAGUUAAAGCAGCAACGCGUCCAGAAGCAGCCCGUCAAGUCCCAGGCCGUCGCCAAUCAGCCGCAGCAGGCGCCGAUCAAGAAGGCCGAGCAGCGCCGGAAGCCAUUAAUGAAUCCGGAGAGCGCACCAGUACACUCGGAGCCAGACGUGAUACUGCAGCGCCUGAAGCAGAAACUCAAUGAGGAUGAGCCGAUGAUAAUGAAACAAGUAUCCUACGAGGAUUACCCACAGCCGGAGGGUCAGUGGGCGGAUAUAAUAUCCUCGCCGAUGAUGCCGCAGGCGGUGGACGUGAAUAUGUACGAGCCACUGACUGUGCGCCAAUCGGCCGGAUGCAUGUUUAUGGAGCAGCAUGUGCCCGUCGAGCCGGAGCCCCUGGAUCCCUACUUUGUGGAGGACAGCGAUCUGGAGCAGGAGUAUGCCGAUCGUCCCGGUUACAUGCGCUACAUUGAGCGUCUGCCUUACAACCUCAGUGAGCCGGAUAUGGCUGAAAAUGGCGGUCCACAGAAGGCCUGCUUCGUGGAACUGGAGCCGCAUCCACACUGGAUCAGCUUUCAGCGAAGCCUGAAACCAAUGCACUACACAUCCCAACGCUCCGAGACGGACACCUGCACGCUGUGCGAACAGGAGGAACAGCAACAGGAACAGGAACAGGAACAGCUCACCUAUUGUAGGUCCGAGGAACAGUCAACCGCUACUGCUGCUACUGACAGAGCCACUGGCACCAUCAAUCAUGCAGUCCACGGCUCAUCCACUGGUCGGCCCUCAGCAGCCCGGCAACAGCAGCAGCAGCCGCCACCGCAGUCAUCCGCCAGGCGAUAUGGACACAGGCAGUCGCCGGAUCCGGUGACACCGGCCAAUACAAAGUUCCGAACACCAAAGGCGACGCAAAUGGCGCAGGCGGUGCGCGGCGGCGGCGGCGGUGGCAGCGGCAGCAGCAGGCAGCCAAAGCGGAAGCUGUUGCAGGAAUCACCGGCUGCAGCCAAAGCGCAGACGCUGGGCCGCCAGCCCGGCGGACGGGAUAAGGAACAGCAGCAGGCAGUUGUCGCAAUACCGUCGCCGCAGCCACAGCCGCAGGCAGAGCUCUCCACGGCAAUGGCUGCGAUAGCAGUGCAGGCGCCGCCGGCGAAAAAUGCGACGCCACGUCGCAAGGCACGGCCCGUGGUCUGCACGAGGUCGCUGGAGAAUCUGAAAUACCAGAAGAUGUCCAUUUACAACAAGAUCUCAUUGACUCAGGAGCGCAUCAUAUCGGCACUGGACCGCCUCCAGGGCAGCCUGCUGCAGCUGCCGUUGAUCAGCAACAGCAGCCAGGAGAAACAGCGACGCGAACGGAACGCGUUCAAUUUCUGUGUGAGAUUCUCGCGCAACUUUCUGUAUCCGCUGCGCGGCAUGAUCGAAGAUGUGCGCUGCACGCCGGUGGCCAACUUCAACAGCAGCACCUCGAACGAGGCCAGUCAGCGGGUGGUCUGCGUCUACGGGCUGAUGUAUCACUCGAUUGGCCGUUACCAGCGUCAGGUGCGCUACUUCCUCCUGGACAAGGUGCCGCAAAAGCUGAGUGCCCUCAUCGAGAUGAUGUACACGUUGACGAACGUGUGCCUGGAGAAGGGCGUGCUGGAUCGUCAGGAUCCUGUGGUGGAGUGCCUGCAGCAACGCUGCACCAGCUUCCUAACGUUCAUUGAGGACAUGCAGGAGCAACGCUUUCAGCUGGCGCGCGAGACCUAUCGGCGCCUGCAGAGGCGCGUCCAUGGCAAUGGGCAUGGGCAUGGCCAGGCACGGCCGGGCAUGCACGAGCGUUACGAUCUCAAGAUGUUCCUCAACGAUCUGAAGCUGUAUGAGCCGCGCCUAGUGCCCAAGGAGCGCAUCGAGAAGCGUCGCCCGCGCUCGUGGUUGCGCAAACCCAAGCUGCUGCCGGAUCCCAACAGCAGUGCCCAGCCCGUGCCAGGUGUCAUACUCGGCCAGCCAGCCGAAAUACAGCCGGAGCAGCCCACCGAGGAUGUGCCCACCCACAUCGAGUGCGUCCAGUGCGGCGACUAUCGCGGCGAGCCAUCCAGCGAGCUCGACGAGGAGCCCAGCGAAGGCCAAAAGCAUCAGCUGACCAACAUAUUGGCGCUGCUGCAGCAACCCGGACGGGAGAAGCGGGAGCUGCACCAACAGCUCCUGGAGGCCAUGGAGCAUGUGACGAAGUCGCAAGUGCGCGAGGUUCUCGAUCCCCUUGUGCGCUCUCUGGGCGCCAUGUUACACAAAAGUUCACAGAUGAAGCCCCUUGAGGAAUAGACGCUGGCAGGAACCAAAUGAAACAAUCUGAGGAAUUUUCUUACAUUUCUUUUCGGCCAUCAAAAUUGUUAAGUAACUUAUUCUAAUGCAUAUACACACGUAUGUGGAGUGUUCUAAUAAUUUGUGGGAUAAAUAAAAUGCAUCGAUUUGAUCGUU